CCGCCUUGCUUAAGUUCGGUCCCCACCUUAAAAAACAACGCCUCAGAAAUCCCCAAUCUUUUCUCCUAAAACAGAUCCCAAACCAAUUGCAUUCUAUCCAUCCCUAAAUCUCUCUGUUUCCUCGCACACCCUACAAUUUCCUCUUUUUCCCGCCCGUUAAAACCCUAAAAGAAACCCCUUUAAUUUAAAUAAAAACCCUAGAUUCAUCGAAAUUGCACCACAGAUCCCUAAUUUUAUAACAAAUUUCUACAUUGAUUUAUUUCCGUACAGUUAUGGUUGAGAAUCAAAAUGGAAGACAGUAAAUUGAUGUUUGAUAAUUGCAGAGAAAAUGAGAGCUCCAGUAAUAGCAAGCCGCCGAAUCCUCUUGCUGGAGGAGGGCACCGUUUAGUGGCGUCUGCCACCAAGAGGUCCCUUGUUCGACACCCCUCUUUGGUGAGAACCAAGUUAUCAGAUGUUUCUCUUGAACCAAGGGCAGCUACAGGUGAUCAUGCAACAGAGUACAUUCCGUUACUUCGCUCAGGUGCUUGGGCGGACAUUGGAUCUCGGUCAAGCAUGGAAGACGUGUAUGUGUGUGCCGACAAUUUUAUGAGCCACUAUCGAUCAACUAGUUCUAAUGAAGGGAAUCAUGCCUUCUACGGGGUUUUCGAUGGACAUGGAGGAAAGCAUGCAGCUGACUUUGCGUGCUACCACUUACCAAGGUUUAUUGCGGAGGAUGAAGACUUCCCAAGGCAGAUUGAUAGGGCAAUUUCUUCUGCAUUCUUGCAAACUGAUACUGCCUUCGCAGAAGCCUGCAUCUUGGAUGCUGAUCUUGCUUCUGGUACCACUGCUUUGGCAGCCCUUGUUAUUGGAAGUUCUCUGGUUGUGGCAAAUGCUGGAGACUGCAGAGCUGUACUCUGUCGCCGUGGUAAAGCUAUUGAGAUGUCGAGGGAUCACAAACCAGUUUGUUUGAGGGAAAAAGAACGCAUUGAAGCUUCCGGAGGAUAUGUGGAUGACGGUUACCUGAAUGGACAACUCAAUGUGGCUCGUGCUUUAGGAGAUUGGCACCUGGAAGGACUAAAGUCAGUUGAUGGUGGUCCCCUUAGUGGAGAACCCGAACUUAUGAGCACCAGACUUACAGAAGAGGACGAGUUUCUCAUAAUAGGCUGUGAUGGUAUAUGGGAUGUCUUCAUGAGCCAAAAUGCUGUGGAUUUCGCUCGUCGAAGGCUCCAAGAACACAAUGAUCCAGUGAUGUGCAGCAAAGAUCUCGUUGACGAGGCUUUGAAAAGAAAGAGCGGGGACAAUCUAUCAGUGGUUGUGGUGUGUUUUAAGAAGCAGCCACCUCCUAACUUGGUUGCGCCACGCGGAAGGGUGCAUAGGAGCAUUUCUGCAGAAGGUUUGAAGGAGUUGCAGAGCUUCUUGGAUACCUUGAAAGAUUAAGACGAUAAAUCAUGGUCUUUUUGUUUUAUUUUCUUUUAGUUUUUCGGUUGUCAGUAGGAUUUCUUUUCUUAGGUGUUAAAGAUCCCUCCUCCCUUCUUUUCCCUGUUCUUUUUCCUCCCUUUGUUGUUUCUCAUUCUUGUAGUUUAUGCUGAAAUGGUUAGAUGAUGGGAGAGAAUAACAAACCAACUGUAACAUAUGCGGCUCUGUUCUCUGAUUACCAACAUUUACGUGUUUUAGGUGGUUCUGAACCUUCUUGGUAAUCUUGAUUUAUGAUAAUAUUUCCAUUAAGUUUCUCAUUGAAGUCUUGUUAGCAGUA